UACAGUACACCCACUACAACCCACCGUACUGUACUUAUCUCAAUCAAGCAUCAACAAUCUGGAACAUUUUCAUAAUCGGCAGACUCUUGCCUACACACGGGUAGCUCUUACUACACUUACACGCACGGCCUGCUCAACGACCGCUACUACUCUAUUUUUCCAUACUUGGCCCCCAAAAUAAGAGGAUCAGCAGGCAUUAGAUUUUAAGGGAUCCCAAAUCCAUCUUCACACCCAUACAGCCAGCCUAUCAAGGACGCAUAAAAUCAUCACUAUCAUUGUCGGAAGCUGGUUCCAGUUCCCACGAGACGCCAACUACCACCCCCGAAAACUUAGAUUGCGACAACAACAGUCAAGCUCGGAGCUUCUCUACCGUUGCGCUUCCGCGACCAAGUAAGACCCCUAAAACGGCCCAAAAAAAAGCCCUGCCGAAGACAGCGAGCAAUUCAGCAAACAAACCGGCGAUACGGUGCAGUGCAUUUCAGCACAGCAACGAACAACGACUGGCUGGACAAGAAGAGAUUUCUCAAAACACAUUGGAAAGGAGCCAAUCAAUAGAGACAGAAAAAAAGAAUUCGAUUAAGAGCAGCUCUAUCGAUUGCGAGACUGUCGAAUUCUUUGAGUCUUCUUCACACCACCUUUUUGUUUUCUUGAAUUCAUUCUACCAUUACACGCCGCUUUCAAACGUCCCCCCCUGUGCGUAAGGAUUCGAAACAAUAAGCCGGGUACGGGUAAGAUUUAAGCAAGAAAAUCAACAUCUUCCUACCGAACGUUGAGAAGUACGGACGUCACUGCGAGGAUAUUCCUGGCAAUUUCGUGCAUAUUACCGCUCCAUUCCAGCCGUCGCAUUAAUCAUACCCUCGAUACUCUGUUUGGCAGAUUCGACCCUGUUCAAUUGCGAAUCUUGAGUAUCUCCCACAGCUCUUUCAGCGUAACUUUCGCCGGGUGCUUUACUCUCGGUGGGUAUCUGAGGCCUUGUCAGGGGACAAUUUAGGAUAUUCGUGGAACUCAAAGGGAGAGGAUUAGCGGCGCAAGAAAGCCACUCUCACCAAUCUUGGAUCCUCUAUCAUAGGUCUUUUUUAUCUUUUUGAUUCUUGUUUGCACAAGGCUAGUUGGGACCCCAUCAAAACCGACCCGUAACCAAUCCCAACCCCAGGCCUCAAAUACCAAUUCUACAGGGACUCUUCAGGCCUGUUCGAACAGUGCGUUUGCAUCAGUACCUAUACAGAAAUCAGGCGACGAAUAAGGAACGGCAAUUCUGCUUUUACAUUCUUGGAGUGUAAUUUCGCGAAAGCACGCACGAUAGCUUCUAGCAGCGAGUAGCAAGCAAGAAGCAGCAAGCAGCAAGCAGGAAAGAAAGGCAGCCUUUCGGAAACCAGGAAAAGACCAAGACAAGGGAAGAAAAGGCAGAGAAGUAAGAAAAAGAAAGAACAGGAGGGAGAAGAAAAAAAGAGUUGUUCCUUGAAUUACUGUGCAUUUCUCCUUGGGAGGCUUUUUUGUUUCUCAUUUGGCUCAAGAUUAUUUUAUCGCCUUUACCCUCUAUCGCCUACCGUACUCCUCUCUCUCUUUUCCCCUCUGGCCUGACUUUAGCACCGUUCCGUACACACACACCUACAUCAAAUUACUACCUAUAUCAUCCAUCUUCUACUAAAAUCAAAAGCCUCCAUCAACAACUCCUUCGUUCAACCCAACUUCCGGGACGGACGACGGUGACAAUCCGUUGUUGCUGGUGUUUGUAUUUUCGUGUCUUACAUUAGACGACUCAUCGUCAUAAGAAAAUUAUACCCCUACCCUAACCUUCAUAUCCACCAUCAAAACUCUCUUCCUUCGAGUAUUCUUUAUUCGUUUUCAUCACCAUCCACGAUUGGGACAACUUCCUCUCAAUCUCUUCUAUCCGGCUUGACGUCGAAUUUUCAAACCAAGGGUCCAUCCAGAUAACAUUAUCGUGGGAAGCCGGUAGAUUUGGAAGGGGCGAGGCUGCAAAUGAACGAUAUCCUCACAACUCAAAAAUUAACACUCGAUCACUUCAUGUGCUCUCAAUCUGGUAAUAUCCAAGACCUAACCGCCUAUUCAGGGCAUUCGUCUUCGUGUAUUGUCGGAUCCGAACCAGAGCCUGACAGCUCUUCAAGACAGGAAUUUGUUCACCCUCCGUCGUUACCCUCUGAUAUGGGGAUGCGAUACAUGACAAUUCCAGCGACAGAUGAUGUACGUUACACUUCCGAUUCCGGUACCUCUCAUAGCCCUGUGUUCUCGAUAGAACCCACGAUACCAAACUCAAUCCCGUCCAAUAUCCCAUUCCCCCCAUACGCGCAUGCCUAUCAGUCAACACUGAACGGUCCCACGUACUCAGGUGGGAGCAACUCGUACUUUUCUCCGAGCUCGUCCUUAUUUUCUAUGCCCGAUCUUAAACCCCGCUUGAACUCUAUUCACUCCUCCCCUGGAAUGGCACCACCCUCACGCUCACCAGCCUUACCACAUCCACAGUCACCAAUAAGCACACGAGAUUUAUACGCAAGUGCAACACCACUUUUACGAAGAACGGACGGAAUUUCAAGAUCUCCGUCAACCUCUGGAACUGUGAGAGGCGUACCGUUAUCACCAUCUAACAGCGGAUUCGCAAGUCCGGCGAAUAUGGAGGGUUCCCAACUUGGAGGGCCACUCACCCCUCCUCUAAAUCCGACAGAAGUUAUCCUCACUUUGCAGGCGGCUGACGGACAGAUUAUCACUCCAGAAAUCUUUGGCAAAAUUGAUAAAGGAUUUUUCAUGGCAGAAAACGAUUGGACCUGCUAUAGAAGAAACUAUUUUUCGCUGAGUUGCUCAUUUACUCUUCAACCUAUCGUUCCGGGAGCAAAUGUAUAUCUUUUGUUGUCUGGUGGAAUGAGACCGCAGGUACAGCAGUUUGCGAUGUCCAUAGCUGCAGUGGUAGAUUCGCGCGAUGGAAAGUCAAUAGAAUUGGUUCAGCACACUCCCAAACGAGACAAAGGACCACAAGAUAAGCCGCCAAGAAUCGCGGUGGCCCCAAGACCGCACACAACGCAUAACAUGUAUGGCGGCGACAACGGUAUUGGUGGUGGGCCGCGCGGAAUGUACGAUGGAUCCUUCGGUCAGUCACCAAAUUCACCACCAAAUGAAGCAACAUUCGAGCGCAUCCAAUUCAAGAAUGCGACCGCGAAUAACGGAAAACGGAGAGCUGCUCAACAGUAUUAUCACCUGCUUGUAGAACUUUUUGCAGAUUUGGGUACUAACCACAACCAUUCGGAACGCUGGGUAAAGAUUGCGGUUCGUAUGUCCGCACCAAUGGUGGUGCGUGGUCGCUCACCCGGACAUUACCAGAGCGAAAGACGCGGUAGUAAUGCAAGUUCUGGACCUGGAGGCGCUGGUGGUGCUGGUGGUGGUUCAUAUACACCAUCUGGAUCAUCUCGCACCCCGGGCGAUGUUACCAUGUCUGGAACUUCCUCCAUGCUUCCCGGUUCUAACAAUUACGGUUCUUACGAUGGUCGGUCCCACCAUUAUCGCACUGGACCUCUUCAAAUUCCUAUGGAACCUACUCUUUCUGCUGAAGAAGCCAAAAGCAUUGAGGAUGCUCCUUGCUAUAUGUACUACCCAACUCCAAUAUGGGAGGGCGCAGAGCCACGGAACCAAUUGCCUAGUCUUCCAGAAUAUGUGCCAGGAAAAAUCAAGCAAGAAUACAAUACUGGUGGCUACUCUUUACCGAGUAUCAGUGGUGCACAAGAUUCUUUGGGUAGACAUUGUGGAAGGUGGGAAGGAGUCCCGGAAUCAAAGGGUUAUUUUCCAACAAUGGCACUGGCACAGGAACUCAAUAUCAGCUAGCCAUUUCACAUGAGGGACUAAUCGCAAUUUAACACGCGAUACAACACGUGUACUACACUAGGCUGCAGUACUCGUGAGCCCCGUCUUAUCUUUCUCCCUUCUCCGCUCUGGUUCACUUUUAAUUGUCUGCGCAUCGCAUUUCAUGGUUGCACAUUUCUUCAAUUGUCAGCUGGAGUAUAAUGGAUUGGCUCAUCGCUUGGUUGCUUGAUAUAUCUGCAGAAAACACCCUGAUUAUGAAAUUGAUUGGCGCAAGGAUUAGGAAAGAAUUGAAGGCUAAGGAUCAUGUUAGCAUAUUUGAUUGGGAUAUUUCACUGGGGGAAUACUACAAAAUCGAAUGGGAUCGGGUUCAUAUCAUUUCGAUAUGACACACAUACAGGAUGGAUCAACAUGGAUCAGAUGAAUGGAUGGAAAAAGCUUGCAUCUAGGUUUGGUCUAGGAUGGAACGGGAAAAAGAUACAUUGAAUUUUGGUGACGGAGUUAGAUUUGGUCUCGGUUAUUUCUUUUUUGCGGAUCUCGGGCAUGGUAAUGAUGGAUGAAUUGAAUGGAUGGACAAAUGGGCAACAAGGGAACCGGAUUGCAAUGGAUUGGGAUGGAUGGGUACAUGAUCUCGCCAAUCGCGGAUCCUGGUGUUUCUUACAUGUGUCGUUGAUGGAUUUCUCAUCGUGUUUCUUGUUAUUUCCUUUUUUUGUUAUUGAGUUGGAUGUGAAGGUAUUUGAGAAGGCUUUACUGCCCAAUCGUAUCUUUUGCAUCAGGCUCAGACACAAUAGUUCCUCUUUGCUUGCAUCUGAUUAUUUCUUCUACCUUGACUGCGUGUUUGUUGAUGUUGCUGCGUGGAUGGACUUAUUGUUGACGAAUGAAUUUGAGUUGCGGGCUGUUGAGUGAGCGUUUCGUACUUUGAGUUGUGUCCGGUGUUGUUUUUGAGUGUGGGGAUUGAUGUGGCUGAGAAGAGAGACGGGGAAUCAGAAGUCGAGAGAGUAUGGUAAAUUGACCAAGGGUACAACGGCUUGUGGGGAUGAUGACUGCCAGUGAGCAGAUAGAAAAGCCAGGAGAACAACAGCGAGAGGCUGGGGAGGAUAAGCGGAAAACUGUGUGGGAAAUCGAAGAGUUGAUGUUUCGUUGAAUUUUCGUUUUGCCAUGCCAGUCAGUUAGUCGAUUAGUCAGUCAAUGCAGGAGGCUUUUGUUGAUAUAUACAUAAAUUUAUUUCAUGAUAAGG